AUGAAGAUGAAUAUCCUCCAUAUUUUUUCGAGUCAGACAAUUCUCCUGAAUGCGAUGCUCAACUCUGUCAAAUCGAAUCUUGGGGAAGAAGACGAGCUCACUGAUGAGAUUGUGAGUGAUCAAACGGCCGUGUCCACCGGCUAUCCAUCUCCUGGUCGUACGACUGUCGCUAGAACGCCGUCACUAUCGAAAUCUCACCGAAUGUGUCUGGCCUGUUUUGAAGAUGGUAAAUUUGUGAAAGCAAAAGGCAGUUAUAAAAAAGUGGAUUGGGAAACCGUUCAACGAGGUGUUGAAGUGGUACUGUAG